UAAAAAUGUUAAGAAAGGAAAUACUUUAUUUAUCGAUGAUGACGCGGAAGACUGGAUUCAGGAAAAAAAUAUAGAGUCAAAAACUGUUUUUUGCAACCCAAUAGUCACAGGAAAUAUACAAAGUUUUAAAGCUAGUGCUGUAAACACGACCUGGAAAAAAGUGACUGAAUCUUCGGCAGAUGCAGUAAUUAAUAAUUCUCUCGAUGUUUUGUCGAAUCCGGAAGGAAGUAAAACUACUCAACUUUCAAAGCAAACGUCUACUUCGCACGACCUAAAAAAAAAUUUUGAGGCGCAUUCCGAUUCUGAUAUUUCACCACCUCGAAAAUCUUCUGCCGUCGAUGAUGAUUUGUCUCCUGUAAGAAAGCAAAGGCGACGGGUGGAAUGCUCCUCCCGAGACUUAAAAAGCGGGAGAAUGGCGGACGGCACGAAAGCCGGACUUUUAACAUCAAAAGAAAUUAAAGAAAUAAAUGCAUUGAAGCGCGCUCGCGAAAAAAAUUCCACUUUUUCGGAAAGGGAAUCGCAGACAACUAAAGCAGUUAUUCGCGAUAAAACGGGAAAGAGAAUAGAUCCGGAAUUAAUUAGAGAGCAGAAGAAAAUUGAAGAAGAAAAAGAAAAAGAAAGAAUGGUCAAGUACCAACAAUGGAGUGCAGGGACCACUCAACUCAAGUUACGCCAAGAAAAACUAAAGGAAGAGGAGCAUGAAGCAAAGAAAGCUUUUACUCGAUACCGCUCUGAUGAAGAUUUGGAUAAAUAUUAUCGCAAUCGAGCGCGAGCCGACGAUCCCAUGGCGAGAUUUCUGAAUAAAAAAAAAGACCAGGACAAGCCAGUUUAUAAAGGACCAUUACCGCCUACCAAUCGAUACGGGAUUUUGCCUGGUUAUCGCUGGGACGGUGUCGAUCGCUCCAAUGGAUUUGAAAAGAAGUUAAUGGAGGCACAAGCCAACAGACUAUCACGUGCUGCAGAGGUCUACACAUGGUCGACGGAGGACAUGUGAUCAGCAGACAUUGUCUUCGGCGGCGUGUUGUUGGGCUAAUCGUUCCAUGCAGGAUAUUGC